CAUGUUUCUCGCAACGUGACCCAGUUUCACUACACUACUUGGCCCGAUAAAAGCGUGCCAACCAGCAGCACAAGCCUAGUUCAAUUCUGGAGAAAGAUAAGGUGUCAAAAGAGAACCGCCAAACAACCAUGGCUAAUACAUUGCAGCGCUGGUGUUGGGCGCACCGGGACCUUCAUUGCAAUGGACUAUCUCUACGAUCAGGGAAAAGAGACCGGGAACAUUGAUAUCCCACAGUGUGUGACAAAACUGCGCGCUCAAAGGGUCAACAUGGUGCAGACUGCCAGCCAGUACCGAUAUCUGUACAAGCUGAUGCUUGAAAUGUUGGUACUGCCUUCCAAACCCGUGACUACCGAGCAGCUAAGUGGAGAUAAUAUGGGGCUCAAAGAACAGUAUUUAGAUUUAAGCACCGAGGAGUCACUCUUUCCAGACGAUAACACGUACAAAUCGGCAACGACCAAUGAGAAUCAGUCAAAAAAUAGAUCAAUGGACAUCCUGGCUGCUGAUAGUUAUCGCCCAUAUUUGUCGUCCGACAUUCCGAGCACGACCGAUUACAUCAAUGCUGUUAUAAUGCCAAGUUUCAAGCUGCCGACAAGAUUCAUCAUCACACAAGCUCCUCUAGAACACAGUUUUGUGGACUUCUGUAGACUGAUAUGUGAAAAGGAAAUUGAACUGAUUAUCUCCUUUGAUGAUUCCAUGUCGGAGGAAGAAAAGUGUCUUCCAGGCGAAAACGAAACAAAGUCGAUUUCUGGAAUAAGAUUGACUGGUGUAUCUUGUGAACCGAAAGACGGAUCAGACUUUUAUACAAGAUCGUUUGACCUAACUCUUAAACAGAAGACACACAGAUUUUCACAGAUAGUGUACACAGGUUGGUCGCAAUCGAUGGAACUGCCCCAGAGUCCUCGAUUAUUUAUGGAUCUGUUGCGCCACGUGCGAAAUGUAACAAGAAGUGAAGCCCCCAUCCUAGUCCAAUGCCUUAAUGGCGCCGACAAAAGCGGUCUGUUCGCGGUCAUAUGGACGCUUCUGGAACACGUGGAGAUUGAUGGUGAGGUCAGCAUACCACGUGUCGUCAGACACCUGAGGCUGAGGCGAAAACAGAUUAUACCCACCUUCGACCAGUUCAAGUUUUGUGCAGAUUGCAUUGCGCUAGAUGAUGCGAACACAUACGCAAAUUUUUAGAAAUUGUCUUCAUGCAUACAUGUAUUACAUAAAAAUAAAAGCAAUUGUUGGAUGUUUGUAUACUGGACAAGGAAUGUAUGUACUUUUUGCGUUUGCAAAUGUAAAAUAUAUUUCACUUAAAACAAUGUAUGUUGUCGGUUUGGAAACAGAUGCUUAAUUUUUAAAGAGUUGAGCUAUAUCUUAAUGUAUUAUUAUUAACUGACAUGUGUUUGCUUCGUUAUAUGUGUUUAUUUAUAACCAGAAACUGUUAAGGCAUUGUAAAUUUUAAAUGUUUUUGUUAAUAUUGCACGUGUUUUCAUUUUAUUGUAUAACUUUGUCAAUAUGCUACAUUAAUAGAAAUAUAAAUAGCUCACCUUACAAAUUAAUCAUUUAAAAAUAUGUUUUUCCGCAUUUUUUAUCACUAUGUUAUUCUACCAAAUAAGGAUAAAUUGAAGUACCAGUAAUGAUAAACAACACCAAUGCGAUUAAAUGUUUCAGAGUGAAAACUAACGAGCAUUUGGAAAAAAUCAAAUAAAAUACAGAUAUGUCACCUGUUAAAUGAUCUUCUUGGUUCUUUUAUUUAUAAAAACUCUUAACGGUUCACAUUUCAAUUCAUUACGUUGCUGUUUACAUACUUAACUAUGUGUCUUUCACAAGCCAGUUGACAAUAUAAUGCUGUUGGUCUACAUUUAAAACUGUUAUAUGAAUACCGCUAAUAACCUUCGAAAUGGAUUGACCUUGCCUUUUAUAAUAGAAACAAACUCCUCAUAUUGGUUAGCUCUCUAAUUUAGUAACGAAACCUCGAACGGAAUAAACAAUAUAUAAACAAUAUUAAUAAUUUAUAUAGAGAUUGUAAAAGUGUCGUUAAACAUGCAAUAAACUACUUAUACAGAAAGUACUAGAUGCACUAUAUGAAAAUUAUUACCUCCGAAUUUAAUAAUUAUGAUUUCAUCUACUUUGGAUCUCUCAGAUUUUUUAACGUUAAAGCAAAACAAUUAAAAGUAUUGAGUUUUGUACUAGAUAUUUUUAUUAUAUGGGAGUUUGUUCCAAAGCUGCACAUCAAAAUCUUAUGUUUUAAAAAUAAAUUAUUCUUAAUUCUAACACGGCGCGUGACUUGUUUUCUAUAGACAAAGAAGGAAAUCAAGCGUGGGUUAUUCUGCAAUAACUUAUGGGCGGAGCUUAAUGUUUCGAAAAUAGUUCCGAAUAAAUAAAGAAAAUAUUGCAGUAAACUGCACGUGCUAAAACCCGCUCUAAAAGAAAUGUAAUAAAUGCACCAUGUAUAUAAGUGUAAUGAAACAACUAAUUGUAUAUUUGGUGAUUAUUGGCAUAACCACGCCUACAAAGAAUGUUAUUUGUUAGGAAACGUAAUUCAGAAAACAUUUAUAGCAUGUCAGCUUUUCAGAAGCAUCAAUAAACGUGACGUCAUUAAGUUUCUACGAUUGUUGUUUUCAAUGAAAGUGACGUCAUUUGCAAAAUAUUUGUAAAUGAAAACGACGUCAUAUGUUUGUACAAUUCAAUAACGUCAGUAAAUAGUGAACUUUGUACUAAGAAGGGCGGAGUAUUGACAAAUGUAGUUCACGUCCUAAAACUUGAACCAAAUCAAUUAGAAUCGUGUUAGAAUCGAAAUAAUAUUUUUCUAUGAUGGUUUGUUGUCGAAUAACCCACAGUCAGUUGUAUAGAUGCGUGUUAUUUCCUAAAUAAAGUUACAUCCAACGAUUGGAUUGAUUUAACACAUUCAGACAGUUCAUCAUAUACACUAAAAUUAAAACUUGUGUUCUUUUUUUUCGAACGUAACUACUAUUGUUUUACUGACAUUGAUGUUAUGUUUGUAUUUAUCACAAAUGCGUUCAAUGUCAUUUAAUAUUAUUGGACUUCUAAGUUGGAAGAUUACAUUUUGACUUGAUUAUUAGCGUAGGAUAAUAAUAAUUAUUUUAUAUCGAUAAUCGUUAUUAUUCAUAUAAUACUCGAUAUAAUAUUACCAAUAAUGUCAUGAACGAAAAUCGUUUACAUGUUGCUUCAGCAAUUAUUUUCUUGUUUUACGCCAUAGUAAGAAUUGAGUCAUUCAUUUCCUGUUUGUGGUGCAUUUAAAUUUUGUCCAUGCAAUUCAUUAUCGAUAUAAUCAUAUACUCAUGUCCAAUUAAUUCAUGAACAUGAUUACAAAUUUAAAUCAGUUUUUAUUGAUCUGUAUUUCUAUUAGGUUUAUAACAUUUUUAAAAGCUUUUCUAAACCUCUGACGCUGUUUCAAGGCAAUGUUACACUCAUAUACAGGCGCAUGCUUAUCUAUAUAUCUUCGAUUUGAUUGUACUGUAUGUUGUGUUUUAAUGUACUUUGUCUUUUUGUGUUGAAUUUAUUCUUGUAAAAUGGAAUUAUUUGCGUUACUGAAGUACAUUUUUGCUGUUUUACAAGUUUGUUUUUCAACAUUUCUUGACGUUUUGGGUGCGAAUUUGUAUUAUACAUUUGUUUUUUCUUUUGUACUUGUACACAUACCCAAACUACAUUUUCAUUUACCUAUUGCGUUUUAAUGUCAAUUUGAUUUUGAAAAUUAAUAUCUAUUACUAGUAUAUUUUCAUCCAUUAACACAUCAAAUGUGUGUGAUGUGUCAUUAUAUAUUUUAUUAUAGUUGAUGUUUUCUUUUGUUUGAAAUGUCUUUUUAAAAAUUGUUUUCUAUAACAAAAACUAAAAUAAAUUGCAGUAUGAUCCGAUAAUUCGGUUAAAUGAAGAAUUUCAAAUUUAGAAAUGACAUUCCAAUGGAACGUGUGGUGUAUUCGGUACACUAAGAUCACGUGGUGAGGUGCAAGUGCUAUUACCCACCAUAUAUCCGGGCAAAUCGCCGUUAGCAAUGUUAUGGUUAGUUGGUUUGCAAAGGGCGAUUAUGGCUCGGAUUUGAGAGUCAAUUGUAUGAUCUAUUCCUUUCGGAAUGAGUCCGCAUUUCCGUUCAUUUGAAUAUUUAUAAACGUUUUAAAUUAUCAUCUACGUAUUUACUUGACCUUUAUUUAUCGAAAAAUAAGUCAUUUAUUGAAUGUAAUGCUACUACAAUUUAAGUAUAUGAUUCUAUUUUAUCUUAAUAAACAUAUACAUGUUCUAUUCUAAUUUCAAUACCAUACCAAAAUCAUAAACUUUUCAAUUGAUGCUUUUCCUUUUUGUGCGGUUUGAUAAUAAACAGAUUCCUCUUCCCGUUUCGUGUCAAUAAUGCUUUGCUGACUUCGUCGGUAGCCGACAAUACCGUUUAUUUUGUUUGCUUGAUACCAAACGUUUGAUUUCAUGCCAUUAAUUCCUGGUUUAUUUCCAUUGAGGUUUUGCUUUCUAGCUCCUUGUCAGGGUUAUGAUGAAACAACGAUACAUUUGGUCUUGUUUUACCAUGCGUCCCCUUAUGUAUUUCGUGGAAUCUAUUGAGUUCGAUGUUAUUUUGAAUUUGAAGGAGCACAAAGUGCUGUAAUGAGUUCCGCAUAUUUUUUUGCAUUCGAUGAUUUUUCGAAGCCGCGAAAUAACACAUUUUCUCGUAAACUGGGAAGUUCUUUGUCAGAUUUGUUUGGUACCUUUGGAUGACAUUUUCAAACGUGUAAGCGUUUUAAUAAAACAUUUGUAUCUGCUUAUCUAAAUGUUUUUAUUUCUGAUUUUAUUUCUCGAAAUGGUCAGUUAUAAUGUUUCAGCACAUUUCAAUUGAUUUUACGUUUACUUCUAAUUGUAUAGUUAUUUUAUUGGCAUAUAUUUUAAUUCAACCAAUAAUGGUAACCUGUUGUUUAAUGUGUCUUUUGUGCACCAUGCAUUAUUUUACAUAGUUAAUUGUAUUAAUAUGCUUAAGGGAAAAAAUCACAUCGAACAUGUCUACUAUUUUUAACAAAUAAAACGACUUAAUGAAAAAAUACAACGUAGUGAACCGAUUAUUAGUCCGGAUCUUGAUGGAUUUUACUCCUGAAUGCAGCGUGUAUCGUAUAUCCGCAUGGUGCGGUAAACACUGCGAGGAA